AAAAAGGAAAAGAAAAAUAUUUAAAUACCGUUCUAACAUCUAAACAAACACAAUGGGUAAAAAGACCAAAGUUGGAAAAGCCCGUAAAGAUAAGUUUUAUCAAUUGGCCAAAGAAACAGGUUAUCGUUCACGUGCCGCCUUCAAAUUGAUACAACUUAAUCGUAAAUUCGGUUUCUUGCAACAGUCACAGGUAUGUAUCGAUUUGUGUGCUGCCCCUGGUGGUUGGAUGCAGGUUGCCAAACACAACAUGCCCGUAUCGAGUAUUGUGAUUGGUGUCGAUUUAUUCCCCAUACGUGCCAUACCCGGUUGUAUUAGUUUGGUGGAAGAUAUUACCACGGAAAAGUGUCGCCAGUCGUUGACCAAAGAACUGCAAUCGUGGAAGGCUGAUGUUGUACUGCACGAUGGUGCUCCCAAUGUGGGUCGUAAUUGGCUGCAUGAUGCCUAUCAACAAAUCUGUUUGACAUUGAUGUCUCUGAAAUUGGCCACAGAAUUUUUACGUGGUGGUGGUUGGUUUGUCACCAAGGUGUUCAGAUCGAAAGAUUACAAUGCCCUUCUGUGGGUGCUGAAGCAAUUGUUCAAAAAGGUCCAUGCCACCAAACCCAGUGCCUCACGUAAAGAGUCAGCUGAAAUUUUCGUUGUAUGCCAAGGGUAUUUGGCUCCCGAUCGUAUUGAUCCUAAACUGCUGGAUCCCAAAUAUGUUUUCGAGGAGCUGGACUUGGAGGGUGGUAAAAAAGUCAGUCUACUCCACCCCGAGAAACAGAAACGCAUCAAGGCCGAAGGUUAUACGGAGAGUGAUAUUGCCCAUAGAAAUGAUUUGGCAGCUUCGGAAUUUAUGAAAAGUGAAAAUGGUUUGGCUGCACUGCAGGGUAUUGGUUCGAUUACCAUCGAUGAUAAGCGUAUUGCCGAACAUCCAAAGACCACAGCGGAAAUUUUGGAGUGUUGUAAAGACAUAAAAGUUUUGGGUCGUAAGGAUAUUAAGGGCCUUUUGGCUUGGUGGAAGGCCAUUAAAGAGGAACUCUUCAAGGAGGGUGAAACCGCUGUCAUUGAGGAGGAAGAAGAGGUGCCGGCGGCCCGACCCUUAACCCAAGAAGAAAUUGAAGAUAUGGAAGAUGAAGAACUGCAAAAGCAGAUACACGAAUUGGCCGAAGAGGAGGAAAAGGAAUUGAAACGUAAAAAGAAAAAGACCCUGAAGGCCAAGGCUAAACUCCAAGAGAAAAUGAAUUUGAAAAUGGUUAUCAAGGGAGAUGAUGGUCCCAAGGAAGAGGCCGAUCAGGAGAUAUUCGAUUUGAAGGAGGUCAAGACCCAAGAGGAACUGGACGAAAUGUUGGAUGUGGUGCCAGACUUUGAGGUGGAGGGUGAGGUGAUGGAUAUGCCCAAGUUGCCAAAAUAUAAAAAGUACGACAAAGAUGACAAACGUUUGGAUGAUGAUGGCAACUACGAAAACGAUGAUGAACCUGAAAUUUCCGCCGAUGAGGAAAGUGAAAGUGAUUUGGAAAAGGAUGGUUUGGGUUUAAGUGAUGAAGAAAAUCUGGAAGAAGAUUCCAAAAAAUCCUUAAACAAAAAGAAAAAGAAGAAGGCCGAACAUCCUUUGAUCAAAUCAAGUGAUUUCCGCGACAAGGAUACCAAACGUCAACAAAGAGUACAGUUGUGGUAUGAAAAAGAAAAUCUCCAAAAUCUCGAUAACGACGAUGAUGAUGAAGAUUUCGAUUUGGAUCGUCUGGCCAAUGAAUAUAAAAGCAAAGGUGUUCAAGUACUGGGAGAGACCCAAGAUACCAGUAACUCUUCCAAUCUGUUGCUGGGUAAAAAGGCCAAACGUCGUGCCCGCCAUGCUGAGGCCAAAGAGGAAUCCUCUUCCUCGGAAUCAUCAAGUGAUUCCGAAGAGGAGGUUGAUGAAGAUGAUGAGGAAAAAGUCGCUGGCGAUAUGUCCAAAGAACCCAAGGCCAAGAAGAUUCGCCUGACGGAAGAAGAAUUGGCAUUGGGCGCCAUGAUGAUCAAGGGCAAGAAAACCCGAAGGGAUUUAAUUGAUGGUGCCUGGAAUCGUUAUGCCUUCAAUGAUGACAAUCUACCAUCGUGGUUUGUACAAGACGAACAGGUACAUAUGACCAAACCCACCCCAGUACCCAAGGAACUGCAAGAGGAAUAUCAACGUAAGGUACAAGAACUUAAUGUGCGACCGAUCAAAAAGGUUAUGGAGGCCAAGGCCCGCAAACGUAGACGUGCCGUUAAACGUUUGGCCAAGGCCAAGAAAAUGGCUGAGAAAAUUAUGGACAGCCCCGAUGCUACAAAUCAAGAAAAGGUUCGACAACUUAAGAAGAUCUACAAAAAGGCCCAAGAGAAAAAGAAGGAAGUCACAUAUGUUGUGGCCAAGAAACAUCAAACAGGACGGCGGGCCAAGCGUCCGGCUGGUGUUAAGGGUCGUUAUAAGGUUGUAGAUCCGCGUGAGAAGAAGGAUAAGCGUGCCCUGAAAGCCAAGGAUAAAAAAUCCAAAGGUAAAGGCAAGGGAAAGGGACGUAAAUAG